AUGACGUCCAACAUCCCCGAAAUUAUUCUCCUCUGCAUGGAUUCCGAAUUCAUCACGGCGUUUGAUGAGGCUUUGCAAACCCAGUGGCCAGAUUACUCGCCGGGAAAAGUUAAGAUCACCACGGUCAACGAGCGCCUCAAUAGCCUUCCCCCGUCGGUAAAAUUCGAUUUGGUGGUGUCACCCGCCAACUCUUAUGGCCGUUUAGACGGCGCCUUUGAUCAUGCUAUCUCGCAGACAUUCAGUCCCCGAAAGGACUACCACGCGCUGACUCGUGCGGCUCAACUCGUUUUGUACGACAAAUGGCGGGGAUUUGCCCCACCAGGCUCAUGUACCCUCGUUGAGUUCCCCGAGAAUCUUAAACAGAACGAUCACAACUGCAGCUGGGUCGGUCUUUGUCCCACGAUGAGAGAGCCUGAGGAUGUGAAUUGGGAUCGCGAGGUGGUAUACGAGUGUGUAUGGAGUUUGUUGUGCCAGAUUGAGGGGCACAACCGUUCUCAUGUCGAUAACAGAAUUGAGACGAUUCUAAUGGCACCGCUGGCUGCUGGUAUUGGGAAGGUCAGCAAGGAGCGCUGGUCGGCUCAGACGGCCUUGGCGCUUAAGCAUUUCGUUGCAGCGCUUGAGAAACCUCAAGUAUGGAGCACUCUGCAGUGGGAUACGAUCGAGGAAAUUGACAAUGAAGUGCAUGCGACUUGGAAGGUGAAGAAAUAG